AAUUAUCUCCCUUGCAUGAUUAAUCCAGGUAUUCGACAGGUGUCGCUAUAUUGUUUGUGUUUUUAAACUUCAAUGCAAAAAAGAGAAUAACUCGCAACCAUAAUAUUAAGCGCUAACAAUGGAUAUUUGCUAUGCGAUCGUACCACUAAUGGUACUGUUGGCUUUUUGUGACCAAGCUGCAAGUCUUGAAUGCUACCAGUGUAACUCGGCCGUGGACAGUGAAUGCCAAGAAUUCUUCAACCAUGACCUCCCAGACAGCAGCCAGAGACCUAAGCUGUGUACGAUGUACCAGGCCCAGUACUGCAUCAAGGUCACGGGCAUGUGGGGAGGUGUUGUCGGUACCCAUCGUUUCUGUAGCUCAAGGGACCUGGGGAACCAGUGUCAGGAUAUGAGGUUCCCAGAUCACAGCCGCAAAUACCGUGGCUGCGUUUACACCUGCAGCGCAGACGGCUGCAAUGGUUCCUCGACUGUUUCUGCUUCCAUCAUUUCCAUAUCAACUGGCCUCAUGGCAACGGUUCUGUUCUUAGUGAUGCGAAGGUGAAUGGUUCAUAGUGAUAUUUGGAUGGAUUGAUUUUAAGACUCAGUGAAGACAUAUCAACAGUAUGUUAUGCAAUAGAUAAAUAAUUGUGUUUUGCAACUUUGCGUCUAGAAACUUUUCUUUUAACCAUUUAUUUUUGUAUUAAUUUUUUUCUGUUAUUAAAUGAUAGACUCAAACAAAAUUAUGAUUGUCCUUACCUUUUAAACAUAAUUCAUGCAUACAAAUUGUUAGGUUUUGGUGUUAAUUUUUUACAACCAAUUUAAGCAGGUUAUGUUUUAUUUUGUACAUCCAGUUGUAAUAGUACCUCAUCUCAGAUUAAUUUUGUUUUUAAAAUACCUGUGGGUUACACAGAAAAGCUCAUUGCCAUUCUUUAUCAUGAUGACUCAAACAUAUGUCAAACAUGCUGAUUUAUAUAAGUUUGCUUAUGAGACUGCAUAUCUGUUUUUCAUCUUUUUUUUGCAAUUUCAUACUUUAAAAUAUGUAUAUAAAAUCAUUUCCAAUUAUACAUCAGAAUUGAUCAAGUAUAACUCAUAGAUUGUACAAAUACUUGUAAAUUGUGCUAUUUCAGACAUGUAAUGUUCUAGCUCUCCCGUGUGCCACAUGCUCAUGGCUUUUGUGAUUGCCUUUUGUCAGCUUUGCUGCUUGACAUUUGUGUAAUCUACUGCCUACAUUUUAGCUUGUUAACACUAAAGAAGAAACAGUUUGCUAACACUCUAGAGGUCACAUAUUUUUCCAAAUAUUCAUGAAUCAUAUGAAAGUUGGUGAGAACAUGACUGUGUCAUUAUGAUAUGUUAGCAGAAUUUAAAACUGGGUCAUGUGUGGUCAAAAACUGAGUCCUAGGUCAAAUUAUGGAAAAACACUUGUCAACAUCCUACAAAGUUUUACAAAUGUAUUUAAAUGCAAAAUUUAUAGAAAACUAUUGCUUAGGACAUUUUUCACUAGUUUCCUACUUUUACUAUGGUGAGCGGCUUAGGACCCUUAGGGCCCUCUUGCUUCACAAGUGCUUGAUAAGUAUGUAUGAAACUAGCAAUAUAUUAAAAUGGUAUCCUUUCUGCAACAUUUUAAUGGAAUACUUUAAUCAGGGUUUCCCCAAGGCCAUUAAAGCAUGUUGGUGCAGACAUCCCUUCUUAAAGCAUGGUGGUCUUGUGACAUCCCUUUAUUCCAGUGACAUUCCUUUAUUAACUGCCUGACGUAUUAUAAAUAUAAAGCAAUACAUGUACAGUUAAAAGUGAACAAAGUCAAUAUUCUCAACACAUGACUUGCUUGUUGAAAACGCCAGGUAAUGCACAAGAUGAGAGUCACUUCAAUGCCAAGGCAAAGCAUUUUAUUUAUCAGGUUGAAAGUGAUUGCAUCUGCGAUUGUUAAAGGGAUGUUGAUAAAUUUCAGUAGCAGUAAGCACAAGUUAUUUACAGUUCAGAAGCUGUGAAAACAAAGUUUGCACAAUCACCUUUAAAUAUACCACACAUUGCAUCAUAAAAAUAUUCAAACGUUAACAUAAAUUGUCUUAUACAAUGAGAGGGGAUAAACCUGAAUGGACCCUACAUCCCUUCAAAACCCUGAUAUUAAAUGAACUGUAUUUCAGAAAAUGUAUUUGUUACAUGGCUGUAGUUUGAUAAUCUUUGUAACAAUAUCUGUUGUGUACUAUUUAGUGGCAACAUUUACAUUCCAUCGUAUAAUCUCAUGUUUGUACAAUUUCUUGUAUGUAAUAUUUCUUGUAUAUUAACAUUCUCUACGAUGUAUAUAACAUGAUACGUGUGGUUGUCAAUAUUUGUUUAUUCAAUUUCUUACUCAAAUAUUAUAUCAUUGUAAAUAAAAUUGUUUAUACAUACCAAUAAAUUUAGAAAUCGC